AUGGUCAAGGCCAAUGCUAAUGCAGCACCAGCUGCUACAGGACCUGGCGUUUACAGCGCAGUAUACAGUGGAAUACCUGUGUACGAAUUUCAAUUCGGAGCUGAACUUAAGGAGCAUGUCAUGCGAAGGAGAUCUGACAACUGGAUUAAUGCAACACAUAUUCUGAAGGCUGCUGGUUUUGACAAACCAGCUCGAACCAGAAUCCUCGAGAGAGAUGUGCAAAAGGACGUACAUGAGAAGAUUCAAGGUGGCUACGGAAAAUACCAGGGUACUUGGAUUCCUCUCGAAAGCGGACAAGCAUUAGCAGAGCGACACAGCGUUAUCGACCGAUUGCGACCCAUCUUCGAAUACACUCAAGGCGCAGAGAGCCCUCCUCCUGCUCCUAGACAUGCCAGCAAGCCUAAAGGGCCAAAAUCUCGUCCCCCAUUACCGAAAUGGAACAACCCUCCUCCUCCCCCUCCUGCUCCGGCGCCCGUUAUUCAGGAAGAUGGCGAUACCCUGAUGGGUGAUGAAGAUACCCCAGAUAACCUCACAAUUGCAUCGGCAUCGUACAUGGCCGAAGACGAACGAUUUGAAGUGCCUCAAGCGCCAGGAACGGGCCGCAAGCGAAGAAGGGAUGAAAGCAACCUUCAAGAUCUUACCGAACAACAACAUGCUUUGUACGGCGACGAGCUUCUCGACUACUUCCUUCUGAGUAAGACAGACCAACCAGCAGUCAAGCCCGAUCCUCCGACAAACUUUCAACCCAACUGGCCAAUCGAUGCGGAAGAUCAUACAGCACUUCACUGGGCAUCAGCAAUGGGAGAUUUGGACGUCGUCAAGCAGUUGAAGCGGUUCAAUGCAUCCUCUACAGUUAAGAACAUAAGAGGCGAAACACCGUUUAUGCAUUCCGUUAACUUCACAAAUUGUUACGAGAAGCAAAGCUUUCCUAUGGUAAUGAAGGAGUUGUUCGAAACAUUCGACGCUCGUGACAACAUGGGUUGCACAGUGAUCCACCACGCAGCUGUGAUGAAGAAUGGCAGAGUUUUUAACUCAUCGUGCUCAAGGUACUACCUGGAUAACAUCCUGAAUAAGUUACAAGAAACCCUGGAACCUAGCGCUUUCCAGCAAUUACUGGAUAUCCAGGAUAAUGAAGGGAACACAGCACUGCAUCUGGCGGCGCAACGGAACGCCAGGAAAUGUAUCCGGGCACUGCUAGGACGUAAUGCUUCAUCCGAUAUUGCCAAUAACGAGGGCAUAAGGGCAGAGGAUUUGAUCAUGGAUCUUAACGCUACUAAGAAGGACCGUGGACCACAAAGAUCAUCGUCGCCGUUUGCCCCUGAGUCUCAAAGACAUGCGUCAUUUAAGGAUGCGCUUAUCGAGAAGGCGAACAGACAAUCCCCAGUGGUCUUCCAGUCAGCGGCAGCAAACACAGUGCAAUCACGGAUUUCACCCCUGAUCAUGGAAAAAUUUCAAGACCUAGCCAAGAGCUACGAGGACGAAUUCCGUGAGAAGGAUAUAGCAGAGUCCGAGGCAAAGCGAUUACUGUCAAACACCCAGCAGGAGCUUACUUCUGUCCGGCAAGGCAUCACAGACGUUGAGGGUCAGCUCGAAUCAGAAGAAGCUGCAUCCAAGAACUCAACCGAAGCUAACCUGGCCAAACACCAGGUGCUGUCGCUCAUCACACACCAGAACCGCUUACACGUUCAGCGGGCAGUGGACAGCGAACUAAGCCGUAUCAAUGGCGAAGGAGGUGGGCAGGAAGAGUCAUAUGACAUGAGACUGCGCCUCGCGCGUGAGCUCAACUCGUUACUCGCGGAGCAGCGUAAGGCCGAGGCGGAAUACGUCGAGGCGUUGAGCAUGGUGGGCACGGGGGAUAAGAUUGAAAAGUACAAGAAGCUACUUAACAGGUGCCUUGACUCAAAGGAGGCUGAAAGCCUAGACACGAAUCUUGACAGCCUCAUUGAGAUGAUGGAGGAAGAGCGGGAUGAGAACGGGAUGGUUGGCGCUAUGGAGCCCGAGCCAAUGGAACUAUCGGUUGGCAUAUAA